AUAAAAUGCAUUCAAGAGGAAAACACUGAUACAGAAAACAGUGGACAUAUUUAAUGUGUAUUUGAUUAAAUGUGUUUUUAUUUCUGUAUAAUUUCUUUUUCUGGACAUUUUCAUGUACGCAAAUAAUAGAACUACGAAGCGUUUGAAGACAAAGGAUAUUUGAAGUCUUGGAAAAUGAAAAACGAUUUCUGUUUAACAAGAUUGCUGAUAUAUCUAUGUGAAGAUUAUUGGGCUUUGAUUUGCUGCAUGAAACACGAGGUAACCGAAUCUAUUGCGGUUGAAUAUGCACUUUGGGUAUAAGGAAAAUUUAUCAUUUCGUUGAAUUCAUUUGUAUUAUUGACAUAAGGAAAGUUUUAUAUUCAACGGUUCAUGAAUAUUACGUGUGUAACAUUUUGAUCUAUUCCAUGCAGUAAUAUGAUAUAAGGAGAAAAGUGCGUUUUGAUUUAAUGCACUCCAAGUUGUAUUUAUGUGUUUAUUGACUAUUAUGUGUAUGCAAGUGAAAAAUUGAAUUUACAGCCGGGUAGCGACAGUAUAUUACGUAAUGCACAUAUCCUUUAAACUUUCAAAAACUGUUAUCAGUGACAAAAAACAUUUUUGGCAUGCUCUGUUAACGUGACAAGUUGCAAUUAAUGAAGCAAAAACAUAUUGAGGGUUAAUGUCCUCUGUUUCCGUAUCCCAGUGAAAGCAGGGACUUAACGAAACAUCAAUCAUUUCUAAAACAAAUGAAGUUUGAUCUGGAGGAUUAGGAUUCAGAAUUACCCUUAAUAAAGCCAUGGAGGAAAGUUCGGGAAGGGUGAACAGAGCGCACGAGGAGUAUGGAUAUGGCUGGGUUGUUGUAGCAGCAACAUUUUUCGUUUGUUUCAUCGCGGAUGGAUUGUUUUAUUCCUUUGGGACAAUGUUUGUGGAACUGCUUGAAUAUUUUCAACAGGACAGAGCAUCAACAGUCGUGAUAGGGUCAAUACAGUUUGGAUUUAUGUAUAUCAUAGGGCCUGUGGCUGGCGCAUUAUCGAACAUUUAUGGAUGUCGUAUUAUUGUUGUUAUUGGUGCUAUAAUUAGCUGUACAGCGUUCGUGAUAAGCUCUUUCGCCACCAGCGUACUUUAUCUGUGUAUAACAUAUGGUUCUCUCGGAGGUGUUGGACUCGGUCUGAUGUUCCUUCCUGCAGGAGUUUGUGUGAUACAACAUUUUACCAAACGUCGUGCUCUUGCCAAUGGCAUUGCUUGUUGUGGAUCAGGCGUAGGAACGUUUGUAAUGAACCAUCUUACUAGAUACCUGCUUGACCAAUACGGAGUAAGAGGAACUAUGAUGCUUCAAGGAGGACUUGCUCUACAAGGUGUUGUCUUAGGUCUUCUGUUGUUACCUCCAAAACAAGACACUGGUGAACAGGAGUUGGAAACAUUUCCAGUUAAAGAUAAACACACCCUGAAUAAAAAGAAAAUAAGACAAACAGAUUCUGAAGGAACUUGUUGUUCAUGUCUAUUUUCUUCGAAAGACAAGAAUCACAAUUUAGACUUAGAACAAACAACAUUUGAUGUAAAUAGGACAUCAGAUAUACAAAUAUCGGAUACAGGCAAUAGUUUGAAUAAUAACACUGAGGAAAAAAUGCAAUGUUUGAAAAGACUUGCUCGUCUUAUUUUUAACAGAGAGCUUCUUACAAGUGUUAUGUUUUGGUCAUUUUUGUUUUGUAAUUUUACUGUGCAACUUGCGUACACGAUUCCUUUUAAUCUUUUACCAGACCAGUCUGUUGAAAAGGGAAUAUCUAAGCUCGAUGUAUCUUGGCUCAUGUCCUCCAUAGGUAUUACAAACACUAUAGGCAGGGUACUUCUGGGAGGGCUAGCAGACCGAAAAUGUAUCAACAGAUUAUCCAUGCUCAAGAUUGUUUUAUUAAUGACUGGUCUUUCAACAGCUGUUUCACCACUCUUUACGACGUUUGGAACUAAACUAUUAUAUGCAUGUAUUUACGGAUUUCUCGUUGGUGGAUACGUGGUGUUAUGCCCAGUUGUUCUUGCUGAUCUUUUUGGAACUGACCUAAUAGCUCAGUCGUUUGGACUGUGGUUGUUUGCAUGUGGACUUGCCGGGUCUAUCGCCUCGCCUAUUGGAGGUUGGCUCUUUGACAUGACAGGAACUUAUGAUACUACAUUUUUGGUUGCCGGGAUAGAGUUUGUGGUCGGUGGACUUCUGCUUUUUAUUCCUAAAUGCAUGGUAAAUGCUAAACGAAAAAGAUAAAGAUUACUUUUCAAUAUGGAAAGAUGCCAUGACAUUUAAACAGGACGCCGAUGGUUUUAGCUCUUUACAUGUGUAAGAGAUUCACUGGCCUGGAUACCUUUUACACUAUCCUGUAAAUUUCGAACAUUGUCAAGAAUGAGUUCCAUGCGCAAUUAACCGGUUAACAGAUAAAGAGUGGUGUUAUUGCCAUUGAUCUUGUCAAUGCGGUACCUCACUGUGUUCCAUAAUGUACUGUUUUGAUGUCCUUGUUGUCUAUCGUGUAUAUAUACAUACACUGCUGUACGACUUUGUUUGGAGAGGCUGCGUCUUGGACCGCGAUUAUUCUUAUUAUUAGAUCUUUGAUUUUGAUUUCAUAUCGUCUAAACACAAAUGUUGCUGUAUUCAUCAAUUGUAGGGUCUAAAUGUCGACGUUCGUUUGGCGCGCCGAUGUCAUUUCCUUGUUUCUUAUUCUUAAUAUUUAAGAAAUAUGUUAUGUCUACUAAAAAGCUUAAGAAAGCGAAAAAGGUUUUACAAGACUGUAUUGGUUUUUGAAUUUCCUUAAGCGUAUUUUAUAUAAUACAUAGAAAUAUGUAUAUUUAGACAUUUUUGUCAAUUGUUUUCAAAGUGAUUACGGCAGGGUUUACUGCAAUUUUACUGUUUUUGAACAUGAUUUUCAUAACUUUGCGAGUCCUAAUGACAUUCAGAUAUUAAAUAAAAUCUCUGCCAGGUUUAAGGAUCUAGUUCCACUUUGAUGGCACUCCUACAUCAGUUCCACCUUAUUUAGACAGAAAGUAAACAUAAAUCUCCAUAAAACUUUAAUCAGGUUGUAUUUGUAUUAUCUUCCAGAAAGGAUCUGCAUUUAGAGCUAUGUUCCAUUGACUUAGCAAACAUUGCUCUUUUUUACCACAUUUAAGAUAUCCUUUAUUCAGUACUUGGACUCAAUGUUGUUAUUGUUAUUCCUGGUCUGUUAUGAUAUGUGAUCAAUUCAAUGUUACUGUAUAAUAAAGUUCUGUUACGA